AUGAGUUCCCUACGAGUCCUUGACCUCACUGGAAACAAUCUGAAUUCCUGGGUUCCUAUUAUGCCUAACCUUCUAGAGCUUUAUCUUUCUGAAAACUCGUUUCAUCGGAUUGAAGAUGUUGGAAUCUGGAGACAGUGUCACCUUAGACAUUUAAGUGUGGCUGAAAAUGCAAUUCAUAUGGAAAUGAUCGACUCAUCAAGAAACGUAUCUGAGUGCUCUCAAUAUGCUUUGGAGGGAUUGGAUUUAGAGGGGAGUAUCAUAAAUGGUACAAUUCCAGAAGCACUUGGAAGAAUGGUGAAUUUAAGGUUCAUAUAUCUAAGUAGGAAUGGAUUGACAGGUUCAAUCCCAAAAUCACUAGGAAGAUUAAGAUAUUUAGAACUAUUAUAUCUAUCUGCUAAUGAGUUAACAGGUCCCAUUCCUACAUUCCUUGGGAAACUUUCUGUAAUUGACCUUUCUAGGAAUCAAUUGAAUGGUUUGAUUCCAGAAUCCUUUGGAAAUUUAACAGGUUUAAAAGAAAUGAAUCUAGAAUUGAAUCAGUUAACAGGCCCCAUUCCAGCAUCUAUAGGAAGGCUUGUUUCGUUACAAGCAAUGAAGCUAUCUAGAAAUUUAUUAAAUGGGAAUAUUCCAGUUUCGAUUGGGGAACUUGCCAAACUGCAAUCUCUAGACAUCUCUUACAAUUUUCUAAAAGGAGUAGUUUAUGAAGCCCAUUUUGCUAACCUUUCAAUGUUGAGUGACUUGGAUGCUUCUUUUAACAGUAAGUUGACAUUCAAUGUUUCACGUGAAUGGAUGCCUCCAUUCCAGUUGGUAACUCUUCAACUCGAUUCUUGCAAUAUAGCAAAUGGAUUUCCACAGUGGCUUCGAAAUCAAAGGAAAAUUGAGAUACUAGUUUUGUCGAAUGCUACAGUUUCAGGACCUCUGCCCACAUGA